AUGGUAGAGGUCAUCCAACUGGUGAGCCUUUUGGCCGUAGGGCUCUGUUCUGCCCAAUACUACCCUCCGAUAGGUGUCCCCGCUCCCCCAGUUGGAGGUCAGUAUCCUCCUGUAGCAGCAGCCGCUCCACCACCUUCAGCAGUGUCGUUUCCCCCUGCAGCUGCUGUUUCUGGAGCCUCUUCAGCGUCGUUUGCACCUGCAGCUUCUUUCGCACCUGCAGCUUCUUUCGCACCUGCACCUUCUUCCGCAUCUUCAGCUUCUUCCGGAUCUGCAGCAUCAUUUCCUCCGACAAUAUCUGCAGCUAAUUCACCAUCAUUUGCUCCAGCAGUUUCUUCUGCCCCGGUUUCCUUACCUGCGCCACCUCCUCCAUCCGAAAUUCCUCCACCCCCUCCACCACCUCCUUCAUUCGUUGUUGGACCUUCAGUUCCUGUUCCUGCUGGAGCCCUCUUUGCUCCUGUUGGCCCACCUCCGAUAGUGCCAACAGCCCCGGCGACGACUUACGGGCUUCCAUCCUUCAAGAAGUAGGUUUGGAAACAAAUCUCCAGGAACCAUCCCUCACAAUUUCAUCACCAUUCUUAGAAUAUAUAUAUUUAUUUUUUAAGUUUGUAAAUAUUUCAUGAUUGAUGGUCGUAUACUGUUUGAUGUUUUUCAUUUGUAUCAAUUUCUUGUGAAUGUUGUUAAUAUUGUAAAAUAAAAUCUUUUUUAAAUGAAUGAAUAUUUA